AUGAAGGCGGUGGUUAUCCCUUCCCAGUACACGGACUUUGCGCAGUAUGUCCUGGACGGGACCCGCGACCUGAUACGGAUCAAGGCCUUUGAAGCCUUGAUUGAUCUCGGCGCCCUGAUGGAGCCGACUUUCUUCUCAUUUUUCCUGUACUCUCUCAUGACGGACCGAUCGCCGUACGUGCGCAACAAGCUCAUCCAGGCCAUGGCGCGCGGGCUCGCAGCCAUUGCUUUUGGGGAACACACCAAGGUGGCCCAGAAUGAGCCGGCCUUAGACGAGGCGGAUCCGCUGCUGCUAGUCCAGGACAGCGCCCAGGAGAUUGAGGCUCGAAAGAUCAUGUUUGCGCGAAAGGAAAACCUCGACGCCGCGCUCAAGGCGUUGCGCAAGGAGAUGGAGGAGACGUACGGCAAGGACGAGAGGCACUACAGCACGGCGGUGCGUAAGGCGCUCGACCACCCAGAGCUCGGACGCGCCGAGGUCGAGAGCCUGCUCGACCUGGCGGCCAUGAUGUUUGAGGAGGCCAGAAGCUGGGUGCUCACUCUGAACCUGCCUAAGGGCUGGAAGGUGGAGAGGCCGGCUCAGAAGCCCAUCGAUCGAGCGCGCGCGCACGGAUCUUCGGCCGCGAGACACGGCGGGGCGCAUCCCUCGUCGAUGAUUGUUAACUUCAAGUCGUAUUACAAGAUCAAGCCAAAGGGAGCGCUGUCCCCGCUGCCCGUCCAGGAGCCCAAGAAACCCAUCGCCGUCCCCAGGACAUCGUCGAUCAAGAUCAGCACAAAGGCCUCGACGCCGCAGCGCCCUUCCGUCCUGCCCGGCUCAGCAGCCUUCCCGACGGCAACCGCUCCGCCGUCCGUAUCUCAACCACCCAAGGCGACGAGGGCGACGGCACCUCGAGCGUCAGAGACACCUUCUACCCAAUCGGCCAAAAGAGCCCGUCCGGAAAAGGAAGACGGUGGCACGCCGGCGCCGAAGCGCCCUAAGACGGAGUCGCGGCCGGUGAACCUGGAGGCGAUCAAGCCGGCCAAGAAGAGACGGAUCGUCACGCUCAAGACAAACAAUCCCACGCGUCUUGCCGUCAUUCUGGGUCAGCCUUGGGGCCCAUCACCAGGUGGCAGGACCGCCUUGCCGUCCGGAGCCCCGAAGGAGUCUGCACCGGGUACCGCGAAGGAGGUUGCCCCCGCGAAACCUGCGAGGAAGCCGCUCCCGACGGGAGAGCGGAAGCCUUUGCCAACCGGCGGCGGCGGCGCUUCGGCCUCGCCCCAAGCUGUCCCGCAGCCGGCCAAGGCGCCAGCCAACGCCCCCGUGACACCGGCUCCUACGUCCAAGGCUGAUAGCCCGGCGUCUGGGACACAGGCGAGUGCCCGGCCAAAGAUUAAGAUUAUCCGAAAGCCCGCGCCGCCGCCACCGCCGCCGCCGCCAGGCUCGUAA